AUGGCGAGCAAGGCCGCGCUCAAGGCAGUGCGUACUGCACUCGAUGCCAAAGACUUCGAGUCUGCUGCCGACAAAGCAAAGGCGCUGGUCAAGCAGGAGCCCACCAAUUACCACGCAAAUGUCUUUCUCGGCCUGGCAUACGACAAACUUAAUAGAAACGAUGAUUCGGAGCGAGCAUACCUUACAGCGACUAGGAUUAAGCCCGGCGAUCGGACAGCGUGGCAGGGGUUGAUCAGCCUGUGCGAGAAGCAGGGCAGUCACAAACUAGAUGCCUACCGCGAAGUGGUUCUGAGACUUGGGCAGAUCUUCGCCGAGAACGACGAAAAGGAGCGCUGCCAGGAUGUGGUGGACAAGUACACAAAGCUGGCCCGAAAGAACGGCACCAAGGCCCAGUACAAGCGGGCCCUCGAACUUCACCUCCCGACCUGUCCUCUCUACGAUUUCCUCGAAGGACGUCUCCCACAUCCUUCCCAGACCUAUCUCCGCCUGAUCGAGAUCACAGAAGCAGAAGAGAAAGAGUUCAUCAACCGUGAGAUUGGAGAGCGCAGAACCCGUCUCGGUGCGCGAAUCGACCAGGUUACCCUCGAAGUGAAAAGAGAAGCCUAUGCAAACAGUGGAUUGGACCAAAUGUAUCGCGGAAUUAUUGACUGGACCAACGACGACGAGGUCCGACGCCAAUAUGAGGAAAAGCUUCUCGAGCGUGCAUGCGAAGUUCUGGAUGUGUUGCCUCCCGGAGAAAAGGGUUCUACGAGAGACGGAAUUCUACGGGCUGCGCGCGAUAUGGUCAUUAUCAAGCAUCCUUUCGAACUUGCGUGGAAAAUUGUUCUCGAGUGGCAGGAUGUCGAGAACUUCGCCCAGUGGGACGCGGGUCUUCUGCGCGAAUUCAUCGAAUUUUUUCCAGAUACCGGACUCGCCAAAGUGCUCAAAGGGUUUCUGUCCAGUGAGAUAUCUCCCUUUCCCAAGGAAGAGACAAAAGAGAAAGAAAACGGAGAUGCCGAAGCAUCCGCCAAGGACUCCGAGAGCGAUGAAAAUAAUGAUGUGGCUGCAGACCGUCUGAUCAUGAUGGUUGAGGGACUCGAUUCUGCUCGCUCUUCGGUCAUCGCCCACCGCAUUAUGGCCGAGCUUUAUCUGGUUAUGGAGGAGUAUGAGAGCGUGGUUGAUGCGUCUCGCAAGGGUCUGCUGAAUACUCAGACGCUGGUGAAAUACACUGGUCUGAACGCCUUAAACACCACAGAUGCUUUGAAUAUCACAUUGGCCAACUCUUUGAUCCACUAUCAGUCUCCACGGCACCAUCCGGAGGCUAAGCAAAUCUUCGAGAGUAUUCUUGAGAGAAAGCCGACAUCCACGAGCUGCCUCCUUGGCAUUGGUCUGAUUUUGGCAGUGGACGAAGAUUAUGCCGAGGCCGUCAAUUUCCUGGAGCGAGCCUUGGAGCGCGACCCUGCCAAUCUCAAAAUCCGUGGUGAGCUUUUCUGGAGCAGGGCGCUGAAUGGUGAACUGCAAGCGGGCCUGGAUGGCCUUCAAGAUGUACUAGAAAGCCUGAAGGAGGAGCAGCCCGACAACAGGGAUUUCAAAUCCGAGCUUCUCUACCGCAUUGGAUACUGUCAGUGGGAGUUGGACCCAUCGCCAUCCGCGCGGAAAGAUCGCAAUGGUGCGUAUGCAAGCUUUUUGGCAUCCAUCCAGGCGAACUUAAACUACGCGCCGGCCUAUUCGAGCCUUGGGAUUUACUACGCGGACUACAAGAAAGACAAAACUCGAGCGCGGCGAUGCUUCCACAAGGCAUUUGAAUUGUCUACAUCCGAGAUCGAAGCUGCGGAGCGUUUGGCCAAGGCAUUCGCCGACCAGAAAGAAUGGGAUCUUGUCGAAGCCAUUGCGCAGCGGGUUGUCGACUCCGGCAAGGCUAAGCCAGCGCCUGGAUCGAAGCGCAGGGGUUACAGCUGGCCGUAUGCUGCGCUCGGAACGGUCCAAAUUAACAAGCAACAAUACACCAAGAGCAUCGUUGCGUUCCAGGCAGCUCUUAGAAUCACGCCCAAUGAUUACCACUCCUGGGUCGGUCUAGCCGAGAGCUAUCAUCACUCUGGUCGAUACAUAGCAGCCACCCGGGCCUUUGAGCAUGCCAAAAAGUUGGAGGGAAAUCUUUCCAGCAAGGACAAGGAGCACAUCUGGUUUGCGCGGUACAUGUUGGCAAACGUCAGAAGAGAGCUUGGGCAAUACGAUGACUCUAUUGCCAGCUACGAGGAAGUCUUGCGCUUGCGACCCGACGAGACUGGUGUGACGAUUGCGCUGCUACAGACACUGAUCGAGAGCUCUUGGAAAAGCUUGAGUUCAGGCUUGUUCAACGAUGCAGCAGAACUUGCCCGCCAGGCUAUCGGGGUUGCGGGCUCUCUAGCGCAAAUUCGACCUAACAUCUUUAAUCUCUGGAAGGCUGUCGGCGACGCUUGCGCCAAUUUCUCAUACAUUAAGAUCAAGAUGGAAAAGCUACCCAUUUCGGAUUGCAGGGCAUUGCUUACGACUGAACUCGAUCCUGCCGCGCUGGAUAUCAUGGCUGAUAUUGACGGUGUGGGGAAGAGUUGGCUCGAAGUCACUGAAGACGACGACUUCGAUGCAUCUUCCUUCUGCAUCCACGCAUCCAUUCUGGCAUACAAGCGCGCCAUUCACAUUUCCGUGCACGACACUCACGCCCAGGCCGUUGCCUGGUACAAUCUUGGAUGGGCUGAAUACAGAGCAUACUCAAGUGCGCAAGGUAACGCCAGCAAAGUCAAGAAAGCACGCAAGUUCCUCAAGGCAGCUAUGCGGUGCUUCAAGCGGGCAAUUGAGCUGGAAGCCGGGAACUCAGAGUUCUGGAACUCGUUGGGCGUGGUUACAACUAGCAUGAGUCCCAAGGUGGCCCAGCAUGCCUUUGUGAGAAGCCUGCAUCUGAACGACCGGAACGCACAAGGCUGGACGAACCUCGGCGCACUUUAUCUGCUGCAUAAUGAUAUUCAGCUUGCAAAUGAAGCAUUCACGCGCGCGCAGUCGACUGAUCCGGAUUACUCGCAAGCGUGGAUCGGCCAGGGCCUACUCGCUUUGCUGUUUGGUGACGCUAAGGAGGCACGGGGUCUUUUCGAGCAUGCGUUUGAUAUUGCCAACUCCUCACCUGUGCUUCCGAAGCGACAGUACGCAUUGACCCUUUUCGACCAUUUGCUCUCCGACGCCUCCGAGUCCAAUGAGGUGUCACAUCUCAUCCAACCCUUCUUCGCUCUUCACCAACUUUGUGCGCAGGAACCAUCAGAUCUGCCAUUCGUUCAUCUCUCUGCGUUACUGGCAGAGCGAAUGGGCGAGGUGACCGACGCCGAGUCCAGCCUGCGGGUUGUUUGCUCUGGAGUGGAGGCCGAGUUCGAGGAAUCUGAAUCCCCAGCUUCUCUGUCGCGAUUCGCCCAAGCCAAUGCAGACAUGGCUCGUAUUCUUCUCGCUCGCCAUGAAUACGGGGAGGCCGCUGAGAAGGCUGAACUGGCUCUCACUCUCUCUGGGGAAGAAGACGCAGAGAAAUUCGACCCUGAAGCAUGCAGCAAGCUGCGUCUUUCGGCGCAUCUGACCGCCGGUCUGUCGUACUACUACACCAAGUCAAUGGACCGUGCCAUAGACAUGUUCCGUGACGCUCUGCAUGAAGCAGAUAGCGCUCCAGAUGUGGUCUGUCUGCUCGCACAAGUGCUCUGGGCAAAGGGCGGGGAGGAGGAACGAGCAGUUGCUCGUCAGCAGCUGUUCGACUGCGUGGAGAACCACCCGGACCACAUUGGAGCAGUCAGUCUGCUUGGAGCGAUUGCACUUCUCGACUCGGACAGGGAUGCUAUCGAAGCUGUCGAGUCAGACCUCCACAGCAUGAUCACUCGUGAUGACAUCGAACUCCACGACCGCGCAAAACUUAUCAAGCUCCUGACCGCCAUUUCGGCCCAGGGCUACACAGGAGACGCGGCGCUCCCAGACGAUACCAGACGGAUCGGCGAGGCUACCGCAGCCGUGAUGCUGUCACCGGGUCAACCCCAGGGCUGGAUGGAGUUGGCGACUGCCUCGCAAAGUCUGUAUCCUGCGGAGAUGGCUAUUCAGCGCGCCUUGCGCAGCGUGCCUCCUCACAGCAACCUCGAAGCUGCAGAUCUCAGUCAGGCCUAUGCGCAAACAGGGAAGGCGGGCGAUGCUCUUCGGGCAGUUAUGGUUGCACCGUGGAAGCAAGAUGGAUGGGAGGAAUUGAGCCAUGCGGUCUCUGGUGUGGCUGCAUAG